GCGCGGCGCGGGGCCACCGGGAGCUGUAGGCAGAGCGCGGCGGCUGCACUGCCGCUGUCGGCUGGACUGCCGCUCCCGGCGCGCUUCGCGCCGCCCCGUCACGGGGCGGGGGGCAGCUCUGCUGCAGCGGCGGAGCGGUCGCGCAGGAGCCUCUUCGCUGCCUCGGCCCUAUUGUGUGGCGCGGCCGUGGCUCGCCGGUGCCGCCCGCCAUCUUGUGUCGGAACGUAGGGGCAGUUUGCGCCGGGCCGCCGCGUCCGUCUCGGCCGGGGCCUCAGCGGUGGGAGAGGCCGAGGCCGCGACCGCCCUCCUGCCGAGAGGGACCGCGGCGGCGGGCAGUCCCGGUGUAUCGGCCGCGCCCGGCCGGGGCCUAUCCUGCGUCUCCGCCCCUGAGGGCGGCCCCGGGCCUCUCUUCGCGGCCGCUGCUGUUCUCCGAGGAGACAGGAAGGGCUCCGAGGGUGAUGCUCGGCAUUUCGCAGCAGGAGGCAGCUAUCGCGCCCAGACGAGCUUGGUAGCCACUCAGCGCCGGCUCCCGCUCCGUCUCACCGCUCCGGCGCGAAAGCCGAUGCCACCGCUGGACAAGCAGCUGCCCGAGCCGCGGGCGUAGCGGUGGGCGCUGCCAGCGCUGCUCUCGAGGAGGCGGCCGCCCACCGGCUGCGGAUCAGGAGACCCGAGGGCCGGCCCCGAAGAGCUGCCGCCGCUUCCCGCCCCAUCAGGCGAGGGGCAGGAGACCCACCCCGAGUGCCGAGCCGAGCCGUGCCCCGCCCGCCCCAGCCGGCAGGCGAACCGGGCCGUCGCCGCUGCACCAUGAAGAUCAAGGAUGCCAAGAAGCCGUGUAAGGCCGCAGGCUACCGCCGCGCGUUCCGCCACCCAGGCCAAGCCGGGGCAGGCGGCGUGGGGACGUGGGGGCUGGCGCGGCGGGAGGUUCUGGUCCAUGAAUUUGGGAGCUGCAAGCCGAGACACUUCUGAGUCCUCUUUUCCAUGGUUCGGCAUGGAUAUUGGGGGAACUUUGGUGAAACUUGCCUAUUUCGAACCUAUUGAUAUCACUGCAGAAGAAGAGCAGGAGGAAGUUGAAAGCUUGAAGAGCAUCCGCAAAUACCUGACUUCCAAUGUAGCCUAUGGAUCCACUGGCAUUCGAGAUGUUCACCUUGAGCUGAAAGACUUAACUAUUUUUGCUCGAAGAGGAAACUUGCACUUUAUUCGAUUCCCGACUCAUGAUUUGCCUACUUUUAUCCAAAUGGGAAGAAAUAAAAACUUUUCAACACUACAUACGGUGCUGUGUGCCACUGGUGGUGGUGCUUACAAGUUUGAAGAAGACUUUCGCACAAUUGGAAACCUCCAGCUGCACAAACUGGAUGAACUUGACUGCCUUGUCAAAGGCUUACUGUAUAUAGACUCUGUCAGCUUCAACGGCCAGGCAGAGUGCUACUAUUUUGAAAAUGCCUCAGAUCCUGAGAGAUGCCAAAAGAUGCCUUUUAACCUGGAUGAUCCAUACCCAUUGCUGGUUGUUAACAUUGGCUCAGGAGUCAGCAUUUUAUCAGUCCAUUCCAAAGACAAUUAUAAAAGAGUAACUGGAACAAGUCUAGGUGGAGGGACCUUUCUUGGUCUUUGCAGUUUGUUGACAGGCUGUGAAAGUUUUGAGGAAGCUCUGGAAAUGGCAUCCAAAGGAGACAGCACACAUGCUGACAAGCUGGUUCGAGACAUUUAUGGAGGAGACUAUGAAAGAUUUGGCUUGCCAGGAUGGGCUGUAGCAUCAAGUUUUGGGAAUAUGAUCUACAAAGAGAAGAGAGAGUCUGUUAGCAAAGAAGAUCUUGCAAGAGCCAUAUUGGUCACCAUCACCAAUAACAUUGGUUCUAUUGCCCGGAUGUGUGCAGUAAAUGAGAAAAUAAACAGAGUUGUGUUUGUUGGCAAUUUCUUACGUGUGAAUACUUUGUCGAUGAAGCUUCUUGCAUAUGCACUGGAUUACUGGUCAAAAGGCCAGCUGAAGGCCUUGUUCCUAGAACAUGAGGGAUACUUUGGAGCUGUUGGUGCUCUUCUUGGGCUGCCAAAUUUCAGUUGAGAUACCAGAUGUCACUACACUGAACUGCUUUCCACCGAAAUGACAAUUGUUUAUGGUCGUGGGAACUAAAUCUGGGGAGGGAUGAAGAAAAUAGCAGAUUUUCUGUAACUGUUCUCGAGAAGUGGUUAGCUACUGAAUAUUGCCAUUAUAAAGAAAGGGGUUUCAGUCUGUUGGGCAUUGAAAAAUGAACUGUUCAGGGAUAUUGUUUAUGUUCUAUGGUACACAUGGCCAAUGUUUAACUUUUGAUAUGCAGUGCAUCCUCUGAAAACAAGCUUCCAAAAGUAGGAAUGCCUGGACCUUUAAUUGCUCAGUGUGGAAAUACUGCAAUUCACUCCUGAGGCUUUAGACCCAUCAGAUUGGUAGAAUGAAACGUUAUUUUCAUUAGUCAUACUGUAUUAUAAGCACAAUUUCUCAUGUGUAUUUACAGAAAACAAUUGUAAAACCAGUAAGGUACUGUCUGCAAGAUGAGGAAACUCCCACAGUGAGAAUAGUCAUUAUUUUAUGUGUAAUGGGAAAGAUACUAGUGCUUUAAUUUUCAGUGGGAAGAAAAGACACAGAAAGAAAUCAGCACAAAUAGCAGAUUAAGCAGCAAAGAUGUUCAUUUGCCCUUUCUUUAAAAAUGCUGCAGGUAUUUUAGGAGGAGGUUCUGUAUUUGGUUGAAUUUGGAAAAAAAAAAAGUAAUGAUUAAUGAAGGCAGAUUUUGGAGUUGGGGUUUAUGAUUUUGGUUUCAUUUAUUGGGUUGGGUUUUUUGGGGUUUUUUAGGACAUGACUUCCAAAAUGCCUUCUGGUUCUCUUGGGUCCUUUUAUAAACUCUGACAUUAUUUGUACAGGUAUCACAAAGCGCUAGGGAACUGAAGAAUCCUUCUAGAAUAGACUAAAUAUUAUUCUGAUGCUUAGACUCACUUUUAUGAAGGUUUGGGAAAUUUGUGCUCCAUCUUACAAACCUGAAAAUGCGAUUUCUCCUUAAUUUUGUAAGAUGUGAUCAGAAUCUAAUUAGGUGUUGAAAAUGAAAGGUUGUUAGCUUGCUUUUGUUUUGGAAGCUUGUUUUUGAAAGUUGAGGACAGCAUCAGAGUUUGUAUUGCAGCACCGAAUGGACCAAUAUUUAGUGCACUUGCAGUACAAAACCACUCAUCAAAUUGUGGCUUUGGGAUCAAAUCCAUGCUCUGAAACUAGUCUUUGGGGUUUUCAAGUUGUGACAGUUUUACCAAGUUCAGUUCUGCUACCAGGGCAUGAGUUCUUAAACUUGUAAGAAUAUUACACAGUCAUUGGCUGUAUGACUCUGGACUAAAGUACUACCCAAUUUCUGAUACCAUUUUAAUGGUAAAUAUUUCCUAUAAGUGCAUGAGGAGCAACCAGAAUAGAACAUGUUGAUAUGUUGGAGUUUAAGGUAUUUUUAAAACUGCCCCACUUAAGUAUUGUGUUGUAUUUACAGACACAACCACCUAGUGUGUUAGAAACCUCUGUGCACUGUUUGCAGUCUUCUUUCUUUUCUUAACAUUCAAAGCCACCCACUAACAUCAUGGGAUUUUCUGGCAGGUGGGGGAUAUUUGUGGUCUUUUAAAAGUGACUUUACUUCGAGUAGCCAAUUCCUUAAGGCCAAUGCCAAUCACAAAUGUGCUUUCUUGGUUUCAUUUAAGACAUUGAAAAAAAAGGGCAAAUUUCACUCACAGUUUAAUUGAUGCAAAGCUAAAUUAGAGCACUUGAGAGAAGUGAAUAUAGUUUUUAUAGAAUGUCUACAAAUGCUGUAUACUGUUCCUUUGAAAUUACAAUCAACCAUAGAAAGUAACCUCUGGUUAUAAAACUUGGGAAAUAGUUUUCUGAAGGUUCUGACAUCCUCCUGAAAUUCUUGCAAAACUAAUGGUGUAUAUUUCUUGCAAAGUGAGGUACUUUAAGAACCUGCUACAGCUUGAUUAGAAACUAUUGUUUCUGAGUUCCUUUAGACCAUAUUUAUUACUACUUCACUUCUCCCUUUUUGAUACUAGAAGAGCUGCUCUUGAAGCAGUAGUUAGAAGUUACUUGUAUAUUUAAGCAGAAUGAUGUGUAGGAAAUGAUGGCCUAAUGCCCAUGAUUCACUUAAACAUUUGAAGAUUAAUUGUAGAGAGUUACAGAAUAAACUGAGUAGUUCUUGAACAGCUGUACUGUAUAGAAACUACUGUGAGAAUCAAAAAGUCUGCCCUACCUCUGUUUGAGUUCCCUUGAGCUUCUAAAACAAUUGGCUUCCUUUUGCUGGUGUUAUCAGCAUGAUUUUUACUUCAUUACAAAAGCAACCAGAGAGGUUUUCAAGCCCUACUGUAGAACCACGGUGUCUGUAUUUAAACCACAUUUUUAGGUUUCAUCUCAUUUUCUCAGCCUAAAACCUGUUCCUAGAGUCUCCAAAGAUUGACUUUACCACCAGUAGAAAUGCCAGGCAUCACAAACAGUUGCAGGAUAAGCCUUAAAGUCUUUUCAUCAACAUUUUCUUCUAAAUAGGUUGGAAAAACUUGUUUCUUUUAUGUAGAUAGCUGAAAUAAUGGGUUUACUUUCACCCUUGCCAUUUCUUUCCCUCAAAGCUAAUGAAUGAAACGGCUUUAGAGUGAAUUGAUUCAAUGUGAUGUACUACAGCAGAGAAAAUUCAGGGUUUUCUCAGGGCUACUGUUGUUUUUUCAAGUGGAACCACUUCUCUAGGGCAAAGUUGUGUGGUAUUCUUCUCCAGUAAAACAGAAAGCUCAUUUUGCCUAUGUAAUUGUUUCCAGCUCAAUUAGCCAUCUGAGUGCCUUUUAAUUUUUGCAUAUAAUGCCAAUUUUGCUGGUACUGGUACUUGCAUCUGUGAGGUUUUCUAAACCAGUGUUUCUUACCAGAGAAACAGCAGAUAAUUUGCCAUGCUGAUGAUCCCUUCAGUGUAGCUAAACAAAACAGUAUCAGGUUUCUAGGUUUGUAUCCCUGGAGGUAAUGCUCUUGCAUUUCUUGGUCUCAUCCCUCCAGCUUGUUCUUUUAAUGUAUUAUGUACAGUUUUACUGUAUCAGUAUCUCUGUUAAAGUCAUACAGAUUUUUGGUCACAAAGGUACAGAUUUCUGGCCAAAGAAGCUGAUUUUUAGGUGAAGCUAUUCCAAAUUGAUAUGGCUAUUAAACUUAACCACUUUUAACUUUCUAUCUAUUUUUGCUUAGGUAACUGCAAUUUUUUGAAUGAAAUUGGAACUUCUACAAUACCAUUUUGAAUAUUUAGCAUGCUGGAAUGAACGCAUCUUCAGCAGUCUGCACUGGAGCUAGCAGAGGUUUAAGUAUGAUUUUUUUUUUUUUUAUUAGUAAAGGAGCAAUAAAUUUAAGAAUUCAGAGAGAAGCAGCACUGAUAGACAUUGUCUUACAGUUUGGUCAAGAUUUUCAAAGUGUGUGCAGAAAUCUGACGUACCUUUUGAAGGUCUUUCCCUUCUUAGAGUGUUUUGCAAGCAAGCAAAACACUACCAACACCUCCAUUUGACAGAGCAUGGAAAGAAUGAGACCACACUGUCCCAUUUACUCUCAGCCUGUAUAUGAGAACAAAAGUUCUGUCCUGGCUUCUCCUGAUGGCUUAAAUAUUCCUUCAGCAGUACUGUGAGAUUCCUACUUGCAUCUCAGCUGUUGAUAGUAUACAUGCAAGGUCAUUAUAUUGCCUUUAAGGACUGCAGUACCAACUCUUUGUCUCUAUCCAGUAUAGCUCUUCUUCCAGAUAAGUUGGAAUAACUUCUGAUGUCUAAAUGUUUCAGAAUAUCAGUGGCAUCUUAAUAUUGGAAACUAAUUGAAGUGUCUUAAAUCUAGAGCAACUCUCUGCUUCUUAAAGACUACGUGGUGUCAUAGACAUUAAAUUACAUCAAUGCCUAACUUUACAUUCAUCCUGGUUUUAAAUAUCAUUUUCACUAUUCACAUUCUGAAUACUAAGUGGCUACAAUCCUGAGGAAACAGCUUAGUGAGUUCAAAACAGAAAUGAAAGUCUUUUGAGCUAGUUGUGGUCAGUUUUUUAUCCUGAGUCCAUUUGCAUAUGUCUUGAGACUAGUCCUUCCCCUAGUCUGUGUUUUCCUAGCAACAAGGCUUUCUGCAUCCUUUUUUUUUUGGCUCGUGUAGGCUUAAAAAAACAGCAGUAUGUAAUAAAGCUUUGCUUAGGUGAAAAAGUGAACCAAUACUGGUGAGUCAGAAUGGAAAGACCUGUAGGUCACAGUGCGGAGCUAGGAACGCAUUUGGUGCAUACAGUUACUGCUCUGUUUGUAUUUUUAAUUUCUGACUAACACACACAGUGAGAGGGGGCAGACUCCUCAGUAGUGGACAGAAUGAAUGAAUUAAGUCCUUGGACAUGACCAUGGGAGAUAAAAAAAUGAUUUAUCACAGUAUAAAAGGACAAUUCUCUGGUUUUACUGACAAGACCACCAGUAUUCUGUCAUCUGUGAUAAAAACUAAUUCUUUAAGUUCAAAAAGUCUGCAAAGAAGGCUGUGUCAGUAAUUUUGUUUACUCCACAUACAUAAGGCAUAUGAAGUAUUCUUAAAAACACACGUUCUGAAAACAUCUCAAAAGAUGCUGUAACAUAUUUAUAAUUCAUAUUGUGCUAAUGGAAUAUGUUUGAGCAGUCUUGGUUUGCAUAACUUGAGUGCCAAAUCCUGCUCUCUUCAGUUACUUGAGUAGAUGGUUCUCUUAAAUGAAGACUGUUUUAAACUGAGGAGCAAGUUUUGGCCUCAAGGUCCUCUGCCUGGGGAACACAGUAGCACUACUUCACAUAUUCCUGAUGGUGCUAAAUCAUUUGUUGAAAAUCAAGAUUCUAAAUAGAAACUGUAAAUAAAAUAUAUAUGGCCUGAUCCAUCUGAGGAAGUUGAAGUGUAUCAUUUACAAAUACCUUUCUGGCCUUAUUUCAAGUUUUGCUAUUUUUUUCUUUGCAGUAUGUGGAUUCUGUUUGUUAAUCUGGCAAGUCAUUGACAGGUUUGGCUUCCUGUGCUGCUUUCUAUAAGGCCCAUAACAUUGCCAUUCUGCAUUAUGGUACAGGUGAUAUUCAUUGCUGGUCUGCAGUGUUAUUCUUCAUCUUGUUUUGUCACAAAUGGAAUCCAAUAAAACAGAAUUGGCAUUUUUUCUCUGGUAAAACUUCUGAGAAAAAUAGCCAUUACUGUAAGCAUUUGGGAAGCUGUUGAAAAUGAAAACAAAAAAAGAGUAAAAUCAUUUAAAAAUCUCUAUGUUUUUUGCCUCUAAAAUAAACUGGAAUAUAGUGUGUUGAUUGCUAAUCUUUGUUACAAAUAGCAUUUUGCAGUUCUUCUAGCAUCCAUUUCAGAACCUUGUACAUACAAGUUUUGGGAGGAGCUAUGUUAGUUUCACAUUAUGCAUUACAAAAGGUUUCAGUUAUAAGACUAGCAAAUUAGUAUUUUGAAAUAGAUUACAUCUAGAACUCAUCAAAAUUAAUGUGUUGAUGGUGUAGCUAUAGGAUAUAGAGUGCUUUUGGUAAUCUGCACUUCUUUAUAUUCCUGAGUUUUGGCCUUUUAGCAAGCGAGUGUUUAAUUUUCCAUCUGCUGUGUCCUCCUCUGCAGGCCUUCUAAUCACCAAUCGCUGUCUUCAGAUGUUUGUCUUAUUUAGUUAGCGAAAUGGACAGGCAGCUUUAUAAAUUGUAAACCCUCGUAGGACAGAAGUUCUCUGAAGAGCCAUUUGGUUAAGUUGCCUUAUUCUAUUACAUUGCACUCAUCUUAUUUCUCCACUUCCUUGUUUACUGUUCAGACACUGAAGAUGUGAUGUAAAAAUACGUGCUACAAAUUUUUAUUCCUAAAUUACUGAUGAAUACCUGUUAAUACAGGUCUUGUAAAUGAUAAUCUUUAUGCCAUCUGUAAUACAGCUCUUGUAAAUUGUUUAAAUUAUUUUUCUUUUUAUAGAUUCUCGUUAUUGAAUGUACAGAUUAGAACCCUUUAAUAUGUCACCGAGUAAUUUCAAUGGGGCGCAAAUAUGGCCAAUGCUGUAAUUCAUCCCAUCAAAACUGUAAAUAAUUCUUUGCUGCUUGUUUGCAUGAGUGGAGUUCAGAUUUCAUUUCCUUUGGCAUAACCCAGCUCUGCUGUGACGGGCCUACUUUACACAAUUUGUUUUCCUGGCUUUGUUAUCAUUUGUUCUGUAUGAAUGUUAAAACUUUGUCUUUUCCUAAUAAAUAACUUGAGAUUGUUCA